AUGAGAGCAUUUCGAGUCAGCGGGAGAAUCGGGGAGAGAGCAUCGUCAACAACACAUUCCUUACUUCUCAGACCAGUAUCAAGAUCAAGAAUUGCCGGCUCCACAAUAACACGACGAUAUCAUAAUACAUCCUCCUCCUCCGGUAGCUCGUCGCUGUCAUCAACAUGGACUCCAUACGGGCUCAAUCGCUCAGAGCUGCCAAAGCCUGCUUCAUCUGACUUGUCUAGGUUGGCGAAAAAGACAAACAAAGGUGAAAAACGAGUGGCGUACAUCGCAUUGGGUAGUAAUCUUGGUGACCGGGUGAGAUGGAUCGAAGAAGCGUGCACUCUCAUGGGGAAAGAGGGCAUUCGAAUCACGAGAACAAGUGGUCUGUGGGAGACGGAGCCAAUGUACGUGAAGGAUCAGGAGUCUUUUCUGAAUGGUGUUGCAGAGGUAGAGACAACAUUAGAGCCAAUCGACCUGUUGAAUGCGCUUCAGGCUAUCGAGAAUGGACUGGGUAGAAAGAAGAUCAUUGACAAGGGACCACGAAAUAUUGACCUCGACAUCCUGUUGUAUGCGGACCAAGUCAUCGAUCAUAGUCGCCUGAAAGUUCCCCAUCCAUUGAUGUACGAACGAGAGUUUGUUCUGAGACCGUUGGCAGAACUGAUACCGGGCAAGUCUCUCAAUCCUGCACAUCCUUGGAAGGUCACGCAGGAUUACCUCAAUGACCUUCCACCAUCCGGGGCCCCCAUCUCAACUGUCACCCCAAUGCCACAUGGUAUGGAACCUCUCCAUGCUUUGGAUCCUCGUCGUACCACCAGGGUGAUGGCAAUACUUAAUGCCACACCCGACUCGUUUUCCGAUGGCGGAAAAGUCCCCCGAAAGCAGGAAGGAACCAACAAGUUCAAUAGUUCUCCAAAUCGGAUAACUGGUUUCGUUAUACCUCAACGAGAUGGCGAUGUUCCCGUGUUUGCCAUAGGAGAAUCCUCCAAAUGGGGCGACGCACUUAUGACAAAGGCCGUGCUAGGCUUUGAUAGUGGAGGAGUCAUCUGCGAUAUCGGUGGCCAGAGUACUGCUCCCGGAGUCGCCGAGGUCUCUGUCGAAGAGGAGACUAGACGUGUCUUACUCGCCAUUGAAGAAAUCAGAGACCUCGAGACUACCCACUCAUACAAAGAGUUCUCCUUCAGCGUAGACACCUACAGAGCAUCAGUCGCCGAAGCUGCUAUCAACUCUGGAGCUAACAUCAUCAAUGAUGUUUCAGCAGGCCAAAUGGACCCCGAGAUGCUCCCUACCAUGGCCAGGCUCGGUGUAACAGUCAUCCUGAUGCACAUGCGCGGUACUCCCCGGACCAUGAACAAACUCACAGAAUAUCCCAGCGGUCUUAUCCCCACCAUAGCAGCCGAGCUCCUCGAACGUGUCGCUGAAGCGGAAGCAGCUGGUAUUCGUCGUUGGCGCAUCAUCCUCGACCCGGGUAUCGGAUUUGCCAAGACCGUGGAGCAAAAUCUUGAGAUCCUGCGGCGUCUUGAGGAGCUGCGGGACUGGCCUGGUCUGAGAGGGUUACCUUGGUUGGUGGGAUCGAGCAGAAAGAACUUCAUUGGGAAAGUAACUGGCGUAAAGAAACCCGAUGAGAGGACUUGGGGGACUGCUGCCACGGUUGCGGCCGCGGUACACGGUGGCGCUGAUAUUGUGCGUGUGCAUGACGUGACGGAGAUGCAGCAGGUGGUCAAAAUGGCGGACGCCAUAUGGCGAGCCUGA